GGCGCAGGCUUUAGUUAGACCACUUUCCGUUCAUUGUCCAGUUUCACAUUUCUCUCCUCUCUCCCAAACAAGGAUAUCAUCAAGAAUGGCAUCGUGUGGAUCCCGAGUAAGGCCACCGCCGGCAUUGACACUGGUGCUGCUCCUAGGCCUAGCUGUGGUUCUUCCGUCAUGCCACACUGCCAGCAUCGACAUGCGCACCUUCAGGUGCGGUGCUUCCACGUAUCUCAGUGGCGACCAUGGCGUCACACUGGACAGCGCACGCCAGAGCUGCCUGAACGCCAACUCUACUCUGCUCAACCAUCUCUUUCUGGCUACUCUGAGCGUUGAGGAGCGCGGCUGUGUGCUCAACAGGGCUAAUCCUAUUUGGAACGUCGACGCCAACGGCAGGCAGUAUGCGUUUGAUGCGGCCCUGGGCGUUCAAGACUUCACUAUUCCCCAGAAUGAUGAACAAGUAUUUGGUUUUGUUUGUCUUCCAACCAACUACAAGUCGCUGAUGGCCAGCUCUGCUCCAGCUGUGGACACCAGGAGCGAAGUGCUCCGAUGCAGAGGCUUGCCAGAGGUCUACAGCUGUAACGACCAGGUCAACAUUCCAGACCGUGAGCCAUUUAACCUUUGUCUGCCGCGAUGCUCAAACCAAGCACCAUUUCCACCCACACACAAUUUCACCGCAGGAGAAUACCGUGUCACUAUCACCCCACUCAGUGUCACUUCUCCAGUGGCUAGAUCCCAGUGCAAGCUCCAGGGUUUGAAACUUAUGCGAUACAAGGAUUUACCAAGUCUUAUCGGUCACCCACAAUUCGCUGUAAAGCUCAAUUUCGAUGGCAUGAGUGAUAUCUGGAUGCUGAACAAGGGCAGGAAAAUAGCCAAGUAUGCUCUCAGCAACAGGCAGGUACACUUACCUGUAAACGUACUGCGCCACUCGACCGUGACUGCAAGCGGCUUUGUCUGUAUCAAAGAUAUCAGUCCUGAUCGAUGCCUUGGAGAGCAGCUGUGUCCCGAGAACCACAAAUGCGUCUCAACUUCAAAGGGCUACGAGUGCAGAGGCAUCAAUCGUUGCGUGGCGGUAGAAGAGACUUGCAAUUUCAUAUAUCCAGUCUGUGUCAACUCGGAUAUUGGCUUUAAGUGUGAACGUGAGCCUGCGCCUCCUGUUGUUCCCGGUUACCUUGCUAAUUUUCUUGCUAAUUUUCAAUGAGCAAGUUGGUCCUACCUUGCUACACCCUAAGCAUCCCUAACAUGUGUUGUACAAGGAGGAAAACUUCAUUCUGCCAGCGGAGAGGGAUGAACACAAUAACGUGGAGUACUAUAAGUCGCCUGAUGAUUGCAUUGAGCAAAAACCAAAUCUGUAGACCUCCGUUGUGUCUUUUGUGUGUGAAUUAUUUUGUGUGUGAAUUAUUUUGUGUGUGAAUUAUUUUGUGUAGAUUAUCUUGUUUUUGUCCUCUAACUCUGCUACGCUCUCUGUAGAUUUGCACUUCCUACAGUGCACAGAAUGUACUUUCUGUUCUCAUUCUCUCGUGAAUGGCUACGAAUAAAGACGGUCAUUGAA